CGUGGCCAGUUUAUUAUGGUCCCAAUGGCGUCCCUCCGCUUCUCGUUGGUUUCAAUAUUUUUGGGUGUCCUGCUGAUCAAUGGAAUCAGAGCAGCGCGGAAAUGGGAUUACGAGCCCAUAUCGAUCGAUACCACCUCUUCGGAUGACAGUUUGAUAAAUUUUGAUAUCAAAAUCGUUCGCAUUUCUCGCGGAGAAUUCGGAGUAACAGCCAAAGUCGAGUGGAACUACGAUACGACUGAGGAAACCAUGGUGGAGGCCGUUGUCUACCGAAGCUCUUCGGGAGAUGAAAAUGACUACAAGAUGCUCCCAUUUUCACUUCCCAAGCAAACCUUUUACGAUUACCUCAAUACCUACUAUAAGGAUGUGAUAAUUAAGAACUUCGGCUCCUGUUCCAAUAUUCCGCAGUUCGAGGAUAAAUUCCAACCGCCAUGGCCAAAGCAGACUUUUGUUGCUGACAAAUGCCUUAUUGAUGGCGAAGGGUUUCCGGAUAUCUUGCCGGCCGGAUUCUACAAGAUUAUAUUUAAUUGUACCGGAGAGAGCCAGCCGUCAUGGUCCUUUACUGCUAUUUUUAAACUAACUAACAAAAUGUUUUAAACAUAUAUAAACAUUUAUAAGCUGUAACUGCACUACGAACAAGAAUACAGAUGGGCUUAUCCAAAUUGUUUUUUCUACUCU